AUGGAUUCCAUUCAAGUGCAUGUAGCCGGCCAAGAAGCACCAACUCAAGAAACGAAGCCACGGCCGGCUCACGCCGCCAAGUCGCCGGUCGACAAGACGCUGUCCGGCGCGUCGGACCUGCUGAAGCUGCUGCCGACGGGCACGGUCCUAGCCUUCCAAGCGCUGGCGCCGUCCUUCACCAACCACGGCGUGUGCCACACGGCUAACCGCUACCUGGUCCUGGCGCUCAUCGGCGCGUGCACCGUCUCCUGCGUGCUCCUCUCCUUCACGGACAGCAUUGUCGGCCCCGACGGUAAGCUGUACUACGGCCUGGCCACAUUCUGGGGCUUCUACCCCUUCAACUUCGCCGGCGGCGCCGCCCAACGGGGCGCCGUGUUCAAGGACCUGUCCCGGUUCCGGAUCACCGCGCUCGACUUCGUGCACGCCGUCUUCUCCGCAGUCGUCUUCCUGGCCGUGGCUGUCGCCGACGCCAGCAUACAGAGUUGCCUCUUCCCGGACUGCGGGGUGGACGUCAGAGAGCUGCUGGUGAACCUGCCGCUUGGGGCCGGUUUCCUGUCCAGCGUCGUCUUCAUGAUCUUCCCCACCACUAGGAAGAGCAUCGGCUAUACGGACAUGACACCCCACUCCCACUCGCAGUGA